AAAUGGCCGCCAAAUAAAAAAAUACGAUCAGCUGUGAAAUGUUCGGUACUGGUUUAGUACGGAGGAAAACUGUUAUUUGUCAAUGCGAGGAUGACGGUUGCAUUCAACGCAGUGAUGGUGGUUACCAAUUUUUGCUGAUCUUAGGACUACCUAGAAAGCCAAAUUUGUGAUGUCAGUUGGAGAAAUGGCAUCUCGAAGGAACACUUUCAUUGUCAUGUAUCUAGGCAAUGCCAUACUGGAUAGGAGAUAUCCUCCACAGUUUGUCAUGCCUUGGGUAAUGGCUGAGGUGAAACGACGAAAGGAAGCAUUCAGAGAGAUCCGUCUUGAUGUCAUGACCCACGUACUCCGAGCGACAGGAUGCCUUGACAAUACUAUCAUUUUUGAGCAUACUUUGCAAUCUCUGUCAAAGUUUGCCAAAACUCAUCAAGAUGCACGCUGCUUUGCAUACCUGACUCGGCAUGAUCUUUAUUGUGAUUACGAGUGUCAUGUUUUCCUGGCUCACAAUGAAGCAAUGGUACCAGAGUUGUUCAAUAGUAUCCAGGAAGCUACCCGCCGUGACAUCACAAUAGAUAUGGUGGAGACAAAAGCCUCUGAGCCUGCCAAGGCCUUCUACGAGGUCAUGUACGUGGGUCGUGCUAAACUCAACACGAAGAAGAUCACUUGCGUCCACAUCGAUGAACUGUGUCACAAACUGUCCGAGAAGGAAAAGGAACGGAAACAGAAGCAAGAGGAGCAAAAUGAACGGAGACAACGCCAUGCAAGUGGUGCUAGUGUAAAAAGUCUGCCGGCUAGUCUGGACGAAGUUGUAUCGGUCACAGAGAAUGAACUUGGGGCUCAGAAUGAGCGCCUCAGAGGCAAUACUAUUCACAUAGACAGCCCAUCCAGUAGUGCUGAUGACUUGUCUGGAUGCAGUGAUGGUAUCAGCUCUUCUGAAAAUGUGCUAGAAAAUUCUGGACACUUUUCACAUUCAUAUUCCACAGGAGGUUUGUCUGGGUCUGGUGAUUCCCGGGAAGAGAUUUGUGAUUUGGUUACUAGGGACCCUCUCAGCCAUAGUAACAGUGGUGACCUUGAUCAAAGUCAGAAAGAACUCCACGUCCAUUUUAGUGAUCCCCAUCACUGUGAGUCGUCUAGGGACAAUCCUAACAAAACCAUGCUAUUCUGUCUGGGAGCCAGUGAUAUUUCCCUUAUCAGUCUGGACAAGAAGUCCACUAUCCUUGACCGACGCUUCAAAGAUAUCUCCUCAGUAUCACAGGGCAAAGAAAGACCAGAGGUAUUUGGAUUUAUAGCUCGAGAAAAGGGCAACACCUUCAUCUGUUAUAUACUGAAAUGUCAUUCCUGUUCUGUGGUUGAUGAGAUUAUGGCAGUACUGAGGUCAGCUUUCCAGUCAGCUUAUGAACAAAAUCGCCAACAAAUCUGUCAGAUGUGUCCUCUUCAUCAGCUGCAUCGACUCUGUCAGGAAAUCAACAAUCUAUCACCCCAGGAUGCUUAUGAACUGCUGGUCAGGAGAAUACAGAACCUACCUGAGAGGGACACUGCACUAGUCCACAACAUACUCAAGAUGGAGAAUCCACAGAGCUAUGAUGAGAUGGUGGAGAUAGUGAUGAUUGGUCUUAGAAAACUAUGUGAGAACAAACAGAAGGAACACUCCCAUAUAUCGGACAGCAAGAUGGCCCAGAAAACUGAGUUCAAUCUAUUGGAGGGCAAAGGAAAAGCAGCUUUGGCACUGGACAAUCUGAAGAACCGCUGCAAGAAAAGUCUGGCUCACUCCUUCGAUAAUUUACUGGGCAGAAAAAAGGAGGAUGCUAAGGAAGCAUUCAGACAAAGAAGUGGAACAGCAGACAGUGAGAGCAGCAUGACCCGCUCCAUGGAUUCCUCUGCUACAUCCACACCCGAGGCCUCUCCAAUGCCGUCACCUGCGUUCACCAAAGAUGUCCACUUUCAGUUUCCAACAGGUCCCUCAGUUCCCAUAGAAACCACUCCCCCCUCAUCUCCAAAAUUAGGACGCCCCCGCAGUUCCACUGUUGGUGCCAUGCCUGAUGCUGCCCUCAAGUCUCGCUAUAGCAACAAAGGCCACUUGGAGACCCCCCAGGAGGACUUCAAACAGCAUGCCUCCCGCCGGGCUAGUACCAACAGCCCAAUGAAACAAAUGUUCCUGUUUGUGGGGAGUGGAUCGAGACGUACAACUCCUGAACCUUCAGCAGAUAGCAGUAGUAAUGGGACUCCCCACAACUACACUCCAAAGAGGCGUGGUUCCUGGAGGCAGGCCAUAUUUAGCAGAGUUGUCACCCCUGCCAGAGCCCCUGUCAGUCCUGCACUACCUGAGAAACAGGAGGAUAUUGAGGUAGAAAAGGAGAAGGAAAAGGCCCAACUGAGUCAGCAGGAGAUUCGAUCCCUGUGGAAAAAGGCUAUCCUGCAGACUCUCCUACUCAUACGCAUGGAGAAAGAGAAACAGGAUAUCAAAGCACGCCAGAGCAAAGCCCUAGAAAAACCAAGUCUGGACUAUGAGGAGAUAACUCCAUGUCUGAAGGACAUCACUAGAGAUUGGGAGGAGAUGCUCCAGUCGAACGAUCGACAUACGAGUACAAUAGAGCCACGGAAACUGUUAAACUGUGUCAAACAAGGUGUUCCAAAGAACCACAGAGGAGACAUAUGGUGGUUGUUGGUGGAACAGCACCAGCUCCAUUACCCUGACACCCAGGCCAAUAUGCCGUCCCGAGACUACAAUGAAUUGCUUCGUGAACUCACGGAAUACCAGCACAACAUCCUCAUAGAUCUGGGCCGUACCUUCCCUGGACAUCCAUACUUUUCUGCCCAGCUUGGGCCGGGACAACUGAUGCUGUACAAUCUCCUCAAGGCUUACAGUCUGCUUGACAAAGAAGUUGGCUACUGUCAGGGCCUCAGCUUCAUCGCAGGCAUCCUCCUCAUGCAUAUGGAUGAAAAUCUAGCUUGGGAGACAUUACGUCACAUGAUGUUUAACCUCGGACUCCGACGGCAAUUCCAACCCAACAUGAUGCCUCUUCAGAUACAGCUGUACCAGCUGACGAGGCUGAUCCACGACAACUAUAAAGAUCUCCAUGACCACUUUGAGGACUACGAGAUUGCACCAAACCUCUACGCUACCCCCUGGUUCCUCACAUUGUUUGCCUCUCAGUUCCCUUUAGGAUUUGUCGCCAGGAUGUUUGACCUUUUCUUGAUGCAGGGAGUGGAGGUACUGCUAAAGGUUGCUCUGGUGUUACUAGGCAACCACAAAGAGCUUAUCCUGCAGUGUGAUUCUUUUGAGGGAAUUGUGGAGUUUAUCAAGACAACGCUUCCAGAAAUGGGCAUUAUACAAAUGGAAAGGGUAAUUAACCAGGUGUUUGAAAUGGACAUCACCAAACAACUGCAUGCUUAUGAGGUAGAGUACCAUGUUCUGAGGGAGGAAAUGCUUUAUUCUCCGACCAAAGGUGAGGCUGACCUUAUCCACAAGCUAGAGGAUAACAAUCAGAAGCUGAAACAGCAGAAUGUGGAACUUCUGGAGAAACUACAGUAUUGCAAUAGCCAUCAACGCAGCCUAGAUAGUACUAUACAUAGCCUACAGACAAAGGAGGCCAAGCUCAAGUCACACAUCAAAACACUGGAAAUAGAGCGCAAGGCUCUACUUAAUGCUGUAACUAAACUCAAACAACUUGUUUCUGAAGAUGAAUUUCAGAAGUUAGAUAUUUGUUUACCUCCGAUGGCGCCUAGUCUGCCAUCAUCACCAUGUCAUCAGCCUAUAGGGGGCGCUAGUGCAGCCAUGCGGACUAUAAAUAACAAAUUGGCAGUGAAGCGUGAUACUCACUGACCUCUUUGAUGUAUUUGAGUAGAGUUGUGGUGAUGGAAGUUAAAUUUGUUGUAUGGAGAGUAGAUGAGUAUAGGAAAUAUUUUCUAUGUGGUGAUAUGUGAUUGUGUUUUUAUGGAGAAUCUCUCUAGUAAUAGCUCUUCUCUAGUAACCAUAGCAACUGAAUGAUUGCCUCUCCAGUUUUCUCUAUUUAAUUAAUCAUAGCUUAUGUGUAAUUGUCACUCCAGCUUUUCCUUCUUAAGUAACCAUAGCAACUGAGUGAUUUCCUCUAACUUUCUUUGCUUAAUAAGUAACCAUAGCAAAUGUGUGAUUGUUUCUCCAGCUUUUCAUUCUUAAGUAACCGUAGCAACUGAGUGAUGAUAUCCCAGCUUUCUCUACCUAAGUAACCAUAGCAAUUUUGCAAUGAUCUCUUCAAAUUUUUCUUUUCAUUUGCAAGUAACCAUAACCACUGACGAGCUCUUCAUCUUAGCUUUCUCUUCUCCAUUAACCAUAGCAACCAUGAUGAUCUCUUUAGCUUUCACUAUUCAAAUAACCAUAGCAACUGUGUGAUGAUCUCUUCAGCUUUCUCAACUGUGUGACAUUCUCUUUUAUAGUAAUUGCUACAAAACAACAGUACUUACUAAAAUGAGUUCAGUGUUUAUAAACCCCUGGGUAGUGACUGGUACACAAAAAAUGAAGUGAUCUUCAAGGUCAUCAUCUCAUAUUCAAAUUGAUUUUCCUAGAGAAACUGAAACUGAACACAAAGAAAGACUAGCGUGUAUCAUAUCAGUCCCUUACAUUAGGUGAUCUGUGUUUUAUUUUCUGUCUAUUUCUUUUUCAUAUUGAGUGCAAUUUCUUGUAAUGUAAGGCUUAAAUAAGUUUCAGUUUCUCAAAUACAGUGCAAUUAUGUUGGAUAUUAUAAAAGACUAGCAAUUGUCGUAUGUGAAAUUAAAUGUAUGAAAUUUUUAUAUUCGUUAGAUUGUUCAGAAUGGACCGUCGUACUAUUGUUCUGU